AUGGAAUAUGAAGAGGAUGAUGAUAUUUCCUUUGCAAAAUGGAUGAGCAGCUUCUGGGGCCACAACUUGAUCGAUGAGAAUGAGAAAGAGGGUAGAGGCUACAGGAAACGUCCGACAGGAGCCUGCAGUGAAAGGAGAGCCUCCCUUCCGGCCAGGCUUUCCUACCUCCAUCCAACACGACUCCAUGCUUCUACCAGAGACUCCCCUUCAGGCCAUCUCAAAGGCUCCAAGGAAUUUGAGGAAGACCAAGAUGCCAAAUGCCACUGCCACAGGAAAGCAAGCAGGACACCUUCAACAGACAGCUCCUGCCCAGAGACAAGAUCAAACUCCAUCCAGGAAUUGGCAGAGUCCUUUGAAAAGCAAUUACAUCUCAAAAGCAAACGCUCGGUUUCAUUGCAACCUGAAGGCAUGAAGGAGAGAAAAGAAAGAGAAAGAUUGCAUUUGAGAAAAUGCAAGUCUCACAAGAGAACAGGAAAGAAAUCAGAGCCAAAGAGAGAGGAGGAAGAAGAUGAAGGUUCAGAAGCUGUACCUGCCAAACACAAGGAACAGUUUCCAUCACAAGCAAGCACUGAGCAAGGAUAUUUAUGUCCAGGCAGCUAG